AUGUGGAUUCCAAAUUUACCGAUCACAGUUAUUACGGGCGUAGCAGCCACCGCUGGGCUUGUUAGUUUGUUUAAAGACAUGUACGGUGGACCAGCGUACGAAAAAGAAGCAUCCGCGGAAGGAAAGACGAUUAUCAUAACUGGCGCCAAUGAUGGGAUAGGAAGAGAAGCUACAUGGGAAUUUGCUAAACGAGGAGCUAAGGUGUUCAUGGCUUGUCGCGACAUGGCUCGUUGUGAAGCAGCGCGCAAAGAAAUUGUACUAGAGACUGGCAACAAAUACGUUUACUGCCGACCCUGUGAUCUCGCUGAUACCAAUUCCAUCAGGAACUUCGUUGAACGGUUUAAGUCAGAAGAACCCCAUGUUCACGUAUUGGUAAAUAACGCGGCGGUGAUGGAGCCACCUCAAGGUAUCACUAAAGAUGGCUUUGAGACGCAGUUAGGUGUUAAUCAUAUGGGACAUUUUCUUCUCACACAUUUACUUAUUGACACACUUAAGGCAUCAACCCCCAGUAGAGUAAUUACAGUGACCUGUAGCGCAUACAGCCGCGGAGAUAUCAAUAAAGAAGACUUGAAUUUUAGCAAGAAUUACGACGCACACGCAGCCUACAAUCAGAGCAAAUUAGCUAAUGUACUGUUCUCCAGGGAACUUGGAAGACGGAUGCUAGAGGCGGAUAUCGCUGUGUUAGCUGUUGACCCGGGCCUAACCGAUACGAAUUUGACCCGUAACCUCGCCAUGAGUAAGAGUUUGACCAGGUUUAUCAUUUAUCCGCUAUUUUGGCCCAUGAUGAAGAAACCUCGAGUUGGUGCUCAAACCAUUCUUCAUGCUGCACUGGAGCCGAAGUUGCAAAAUUGCAAGGGCGAUUAUUUUGUUGACAUGAAGCCUGGAAAGUUAACAGAAAAGGGCGAAGAUUACGAGUCAGCAAUUUGGUUGUGGAAAGUUAGCGAGAAAUGGACAAAAGCUUACCACCACAAGGCUUUGUUACAAAAAGCUUUUGCCGCCUAA